CCCCGUUCUCUCAUCAUUGUCGCGUUACUUCUUGACAGAGAAAGUCAGUCUCUGUCAGUUCUGAUUCAGCAAGAAGCGUCGAGUUAAAUUCUUGUUUAGCUACAUUCUGCGGCUAACAUCAAAAUGAAGCUAUUCUUUCUUCUCUUUCUGGGGAUAAAUGGAGCGCACGCGGUGACACACUCAUACGAGUAUUUCUACACUGCAUCCUCUCAAGUCCCAAACUUCCCAGAGUUUGUGGUUGUAGGAAUGGUGGACAAGGUUCAUAUGUUCUACUACGACAGUAACAACCCAAGAGUCGUGCCCAAACAGGACUGGGUGAACAAGGCAGUUGAUGCACAGUUCUGGGAGAGGAACACUGGCAACUUUAUGGGUGCCCAGCAGACAUUCAAGGCCAACAUUGAGAUUGCAAAGCAGCGCUUCAACCAAACUGGAGGAGUUCACACAUUGCAAAUGAUGUAUGGCUGUGAGCUGGAUGAUGAUGGCACCAAACGAGGCUUCUUCCAGUAUGGAUACGACAGCGCAGACUUCCUCAGCCUGGACCAGAGGACUCUCACCUGGACUGCUGCCAACCAGAAAGCUGUCAUCACCAAACUCAAAUGGGAUGCAACGGGAGCUGAAGCCAACUUUCUAAACCAGUAUCUAGAGAAUACAUGCAUUGAGUGGCUACAGAAAUAUGUGAACUAUGGCAAAGACACCCUGGAACGGAAAGUCCCCCCCUCCAUGUCUCUGCUCCAGAAGAGCUCCUCCUCUCCAGUCACCUGCCACGCUACAGACUUCUACCCCAGUAGUGUCAAUGUGUUCUGGAGGAGAGAUGGAGACCAGGUGUACGAGGAUGUGGAGCAUGGAGAGGUUCUCCACAACCAGGAUGGAACCUUCCAGAAGAGUGUUCACCUGACAGUGAAGCCUGAGGACCUGGACAGCGGGAGGUAUGAGUGUGUGGUUCAGCUCUUGGGGGUUCAGGAGGACUUUGUCACCAGACUGGAGCGCUCUGUGGUGAAGACCAACCUUGGAAACACUGGAAGGACUAACCCAGGAUCAGAAGGUCUUGAUUCCUCUAUCAUCAUUGGAGCUGUGGUUGGUGUUCUUCUGCUGGUCGCCAUCAUCUGUGGAGUCGUCAUCUGGAAGAAGAAGAAUGCCAAGAAAGGCUUUGUUCCAGCUAACACUUCUGAUGGUGGAUCUAACUCCUCCAAUAACACGCCACCAAACGCAUGAGGCCUCUCUGUUUAACCAAUCACAGAAGUGAUGCAGAGGAGAGGAGGGCACAGACAACUAACUCACUUGAUUGUCUCUGAGUAAUUAAUUUGAUAGUAGUUUGUAAACACCAAAUUCUCGUCCGAAUGUCAGCAGAAUCUUCCUUCCUGGUUCCAGUCUUCUUUAUGUUCUGCUUCAGGGUUGUAAAGCCGUUUAACUCAGAAUGGUGUAUAAAUGAUCUUCACUCUUCAACAGCUUCAUAUAAAUUAUGUUGAUUUAACAUUUAAUAUUGGCAAGAUGUUAUCAUUAAUGUUCUAAUAAGUGGUAGGUUUCAUUCCUUUACUUGUUUUGAUAUAGAAAUAUACAACUUUUUUGAGAAAGCAGUUGUGCACUUCCAUACACGAAUCACUUUCACAUGUAACAAAUAGACAUAAUUACAGAGAUACAAUGCAAACAGACAAAACAUGAAUUCAUCAGAAACAAUCCAUCCAACAAUUGCUAACUCGGUCCAACCUGUUUUAACAAUGUUUGUUCACUCCACACAAACUAUGGCCAUGACUUUAAACCAUGUAGCCUAUAUGGCUGUGAAUUGUUGAUUAUUUAAUUUUACUCUUAGUUUAAAGAUUACAAGUGAGUAAUAAUUGCAACACAGAUAAGAUGGAUGUUUGUUUAUAUUGCAGUGUAAAGAUGUUUUAGUAAAAAAUGUAUAUCUCUUGUACUUUCUCAAAUGUUUUGGUAUUGUGUUUUAAUGCUUGAUUAAAGUGGUGGUGGGAAUAUUGGAUGGGUCGCAGUGCAUAUGGGUAACUUAAAACCCUGACUAAAACAUAAUUGUUUUUAAGUUUGACAUUAAAUUUGAGAUAAAAUUAACUUGUACUGUAAAUCAAAAAUAAAUGUAAUUUUUUUUGAGGGAA